AUGACUGUUGGUGUGCUUUGCACGCCUUGUGUGGAACGGCCGCAGCCUUGUGUGGAGCGGCCGCAGCCUUGUGUGGAGCGGCCGCAGCCUUGUGUGGAGCGGCCGCAGCCUUGUGUGGAGCGGCCGCAGCCUUGUGUGGAGCGGCCGCAGCCUUGUGUGGAGCGGCCGCAGCCUUGUGUGGAGCGGCCGCAGCCUUGUGUGGAGCGGCCGCAGCCUUGUGUGGAGCGGCCGCAGCCUUGUGUGGAGCGGCCGCAGCCUUGUGUGGAGCGGCCGCAGCCUUGUGUGGAGCGGCCGCAGCCUUGUGUGGAGCGGCCGCAGCCUUGUGUGGAGCGGCCGCAGCCUUGUGUGGAGCGGCCGCAGCCUUGUGUGGAGCGGCCGCAGCCUUGUGUGGAGCGGCCGCAGCCUUGUGUGGAGCGGCCGCAGCCUUGUGUGGAGCGGCCGCAGCCUUGUGUGGAGCGGCCGCAGCCUUGUGUGGAGCGGCCGCAGCCUUGUGUGGAGCGGCCGCAGCCUUGUGUGGAGCGGCCGCAGCCUUGUGUGGAGCGGCCGCAGCCUUGUGUGGAGCGGCCGCAGCCUUGUGUGGAGCGGCCGCAGCCUUGUGUGGAGCGGCCGCAGCCUUGUGUGGAGCGGCCGCAGCCUUGUGUGGAGCGGCCGCAGCCUUGUGUGGAGCGGCCGCAGCCUUGUGUGGAGCGGCCGCAGCCUUGUGUGGAGCGGCCGCAGCCUUGUGUGGAGCGGCCGCAGCCUUGUGUGGAGCGGCCGCAGCCUUGUGUGGAGCGGCCGCAGCCUUGUGUGGAGCGGCCGCAGCCUUGUGUGGAGCGGCCGCAGCCUUGUGUGGAGCGGCCGCAGCCUUGUGUGGAGCGGCCGCAGCCUUGUGUGGAGCGGCCGCAGCCUUGUGUGGAGCGGCCGCAGCCUUGUGUGGAGCGGCCGCAGCCUUGUGUGGAGCGGCCGCAGCCUUGUGUGGAGCGGCCGCAGCCUUGUGUGGAGCGGCCGCAGCCUUGUGUGGAGCGGCCGCAGCCUUGUGUGGAGCGGCCGCAGCCUUGUGUGGAGCGGCCGCAGCCUUGUGUGGAGCGGCCGCAGCCUUGUGUGGAGCGGCCGCAGCCUUGUGUGGAGCGGCCGCAGCCUUGUGUGGAGCGGCCGCAGCCUUGUGUGGAGCGGCCGCAGCCUUGUGUGGAGCGGCCGCAGCCUUGUGUGGAGCGGCCGCAGCCUUGUGUGGAGCGGCCGCAGCCUUGUGUGGAGCGGCCGCAGCCUUGUGUGGAGCGGCCGCAGCCUUGUGUGGAGCGGCCGCAGCCUUGUGUGGAGCGGCCGCAGCCUUGUGUGGAGCGGCCGCAGCCUUGUGUGGAGCGGCCGCAGCCUUGUGUGGAGCGGCCGCAGCCUUGUGUGGAGCGGCCGCAGCCUUGUGUGGAGCGGCCGCAGCCUUGUGUGGAGCGGCCGCUGCCUUGUGUGGAGCGGCCGCUGCCUUGUGUGGAGCGGCCGCUGCCUUGUGUGGAGCGGCCGCAGCCUUGUGUGGAGCGGCCGCAGCCUUGUGUGGAGCGGCCGCAGCCUUGUGUGGAGCGGCCGCAGCCUUGUGUGGAGCGGCCGCAGCCUUGUGUGGAGCGGCCGCUGCCUUGUGUGGAGCGGCCGCUGCCUUGUGUGGAGCGGCCGCUGCCUUGUGUGGAGCGGCCGCUGCCUUGUGUGGAGCGGCCGCUGCCUUGUGUGGAGCGGCCGCUGCCUUGUGUGGAGCGGCCGCAGCCUUGUGUGGAAUUGCCUGCUGUCCUUACAGGUAACUUUCAAGCAAUAACUCGUUACACCAGUGACUCGAAUCACUGUCUUCACUUAUAUUUACGACAGAGGCUAGUCCAGAAGAAGCAGCAGCAGCAGCAGCAGCAGCUUUGA